CGCGCCGUGGCGGCGGGCGCCACAGCCACACGGAGCGCCGCUCGCUCCCGGCCGCCCGCGCUCAGCCGAAGGGUCGGUACAGCGCAGCCUGCAGCCGCUCUCUCUGCCCGACGCGCACAGAUGGUCGCCGUGCAGCGCGCCCGCCGUGGUGUCUGACCGAGCGAGCGGCGCACGAGGCGUCCGCCGGCGCGCAUGGGGCCCGCGUGCGCCGCGCUGCAGCUGUCGGCCCGGAUGCUGGCGCAGAGCAAGCCGGUCUCUCUCAAACUGAACAGCGUGGCGCGCCAGUCCAGCCGGUACUCGGCUCGAGACCCAAGGUUAAGACGCUGAGCGCGACCGCCCCGCGCCGAGCCAGUAUUACUAUUUAGAUAUCGUUAAACUAGGCUAAAUUAAAAAUGGCAUCGCAGAAAGAAAUUCAAAGUGUCAUUCUCAGAAACAGAGCUCCCCGCGACGGGCACGAACCCCGAGAGGCCGUUCGAGAAUCGUUGUUGACAGACUCGACGUCGGGCAUCGUCAGAGGCGACGAGGACACGACGAGCGUCGACUCCUUCUCGAGUCCGGACCUGGACGUCAGUAAUAAAGAGUGUUUGUCGAAGUUUACAACCGGCGAGGUGCGCAAAAGUGUGCAGUACGAAGAAGACUUCGACGGAAUCAAACUCGUUGCAAAUAAUAACACGGUCGAACCUGGAGAUCGGCAGAAAUCUACGAGCCGUGCCUUCGGAGCCGUGGAAGUUGGUCAAAUUAUAGAAGACCAGACGCUCGUGACGGACGAUGACAAGAAAGUGAUCAUACCGGACGGUGGAUGGGGUUGGGUCGUAGUGUUGUCGUCGUUCGUGAUAUCUAUGAUCGCAGAUGGGAUCAGUUUCUCCUUUGGAUUGCUGUAUAUCGAGUUCUUGGAAGAGUUCAAAGCCAGCAAAUCGACCACAGCUUGGAUCGGCAGCUUGUUCAUCGCCGUGCCGCUCCUGUCCGGUCCGGUGAUGAGCGCGCUGGUGGACCGCUACGGAUGCAGAAGUAUGACGAUCUUGGGAGGUAUUAUUUCAACCGUUGGCUUUGUGCUGGCUUCCAUCUCGAACACUUUGGAGAUGAUGAUGAUAACGUUCGGCGUGAUCGCCGGGCUGGGGCUCGGCCUCGUGUACGUGACCGCCGUCGUGUCGAUCGCCUACUGGUUUGAGAAGAAACGAAACCUCGCGGUCGGCUUGGGGGCUUGUGGGACCGGUGUCGGUACGUUUGUUUAUGCGCCGAUGACACAAUAUUUUAUUGAAGAGUUUGGAUGGCGAGGGACUAUACUUUUGCUGUCCGGUACUUUACUGAAUUUGUGCGUCUGCGGUUGCGUUAUGCGAGACCCUGAAUGGUGGAUUUUAGAACAAAAGAAACACAGAAAGUCUAAGGAUGAUGAUAAAAGUAAUAGAGAGGAUGCCAAAUCAAAACAGUCGAGCUCUGUGUCUGUUGCCAACGUGUGUUAUGAUAAUGAAACACUCACUCGCGGAAAGAACAUGAAGACGCUGAUAUCUAAAGAAACGACACCUGAACAGGUGAUUAAAGAUGAAGCGACUGAUAUACGAAAACGUGAAGAUUUAGCCUUAAGCGAUAAACAGAAAAGUAACCGCCACUGUGAGUCAUUAGUUAACUUGCCGACGUACCUCACGUACGAUGAUAAGGCUUCAAAAAAGUUGUUAGAUACACUGGUCAAUGAUGCGAGUAACAAAAAUGAUUUACAAAUCAAAGUCCCGUCGUUCACAACGCGCACUUCGGAUGUAAAUGUUGAUGAAAACAGUCCACCUAUAGUCAGAUUUACAAAGGAUGGUCUUCAAAGAACUCAUUCAGAAAAGUUCGACCACACUAAGGAAAAUAUGUUAGAAAAUUGUCAAUUAAAACAUCCCAAGUUAGGUCAAAUAAGGAGAUCCUUGUCUGAAACGAAAGACAACAAGCCUUUACUGAAACAGGACAGCAAAGAGAGUAGACGGGACUGGUUGAAGAAACAGCUCUCAGUAAAUCACCAUUACUUGAAAGAUUUGAAAAUGCCUUUAAACUCAAUAAGUCAUAGAAAUGCGAUGCUGAAUAUAAAAAGGUACAAGUUGAAAGCUUCUUCGUGUCCAGAUAUUUUCAAGAACUCUAUGAUAACAGUGAACGAACAAGAGGAGAAGUGGUACGCCGAGUGCGCGCUGUGCCUGGGCGCCAUGUUCGACGUGUCGCUGCUGACGCCGCCCUUCCUGCUGCUGUGCUGCGGCACCGUCGUCAUCUUCGUGUGGUUCAUCGUGCCCUACUUCUACCUGGCCGAGCUCAUGACGCACCGCGGCUACUCGGAGGACGACGGCGCCUUCGUGUUGAGUCUGAUCGGCAUCGCUAACACUGUUGGCAUGGUGUCGCUGGGCUGGCUGGGCGACCGCUGCGCGCGCGUGAGCCUGCUGUACGCCGCGUGCCUGGUGCUGUGCGGCGCGGCGGCGGCGGGCGUGCCGCGCGCGGCGGCGGGCGGGCCGGCGCCGCUGGCCGCCGUGUGCGCGGCCUUCGGCCUGCUGUUCGCGGCCUCCUUCACCUUCACGCCCAGCCUGCUGGUGACGCUGGUGUCGCUGGACGACUUCACGCCGGCCUACGGGCUCGUGCUGCUGGCGCAGGGCGUCGGCCACCUCAUCGGCCCGCCGCUGUCGGGGCUGAUCUACGACGUGACGCAGUCGUGGGAGCCGGCGUUCUACCUGGCGGGCGGCUGGCUGGGGGCGGCGGGCGCGCUGGUGGCGCUCAUCCACCCCGUGCAGCGCUACCGGCAGCGCGACCCCGGCGCCGCUUAGAGGGACUCCAGCGCCGCUUAUAGUGACUCCAGCGCCGCUUACAGUGACUCCAGCGCCGCUUACAGUGACUCCAGCGCCGCUUACAGUGACUCCAGCGCCGCUUACAGUGCCUCCAGCGCCGCUUACAGUGACGCCAGCGCCGCUUACAGUGCCUCCAGCGCCGCUUACAGUGACGCCAGCGCCGUCUGCUGAAAUAAGUUAAAACGUCGUCUAGAAACAGUACCUACAUGCAUAGUUCAUCGCUCCCAAUGAACGCCCGACGGCAGCCGUGCGACACUGAGGAUAAAUAGAAUAAUAUACAAACAAUACAUUACAAUAACAAUAUAUUUCCAAAGCUUAAGUAGGUAGUCGUAACAGUCUGUGCGUGUGUGCGUGCUCUACUCGUCUACAUGUAUACAAUAUUGUAUACUUUGUGUACUCUGUGGCACGUUGUCAGUCGGACGGCAUUGAUGCAAUUGCUUAUAAUGAAACUAAUUGUUACAAUGGAUAGUUGUACCCAAUGACAUUUUAUAAUAAUAACAUCAUUGGUUGUACCUAUUGCUUAAAUAGGUACUCAAACGUUGGUAGUCCAGUCCAGUGAUGUAUAUCAUGUCGAGUACAACCAAGUUAAGUAAUUUUGUGAAAUAUUAUUAUAUCGGCAGAUUCCUAUCUUGUUAUAAAAUAUAAACGUAAUAGAAAAUCCUGAUCCAUGCAACUCUGCUAAUGACUAUUUAUCAGAAGUUAUUAGUUAAGAAAAUCUACCGAAGACGCUGUACUGGCACUCAGUGGUGAAAUUAUUAACCAGUUGGAUAGCAAAAAUAAAUGCUUAGCACUAUUCUUACUCCGCAAAAAGGAUUCCCUUGCUCUUACAGAAACUGAAAUGUAUAUUCAAAAGCUAUUUAACCGGGCGCACUCAGAGAAUCAAAAUCGAAAAUUAUUGCAGUAAUGAUAUUAUAUUACCUAUGGUGUUCCCCAAGGAAGUGAGCUUGCGCCUACGUUAUUUUUAAUAUAUAUUAUGCUAUUACAUAUGUUUUCUCUCUGUGAGCGGUCACUUCCAGCGCAAUUUGGUAUAAUUAUUCAGUCUUGCCUGUAGAAUAAUGAGUUUUGUGACUGCCCAACAUGAAGAAAGUCCAAACUGUAUCUCGGGUUAAAGUUAGAUCAUAGACUUAACUGAUUUGCGUAUAUUGAACUAGUGUCUUAGUGAAUUAGGAUACUCAUUUGGAUUUUCAAAAACUAUAGACAUUUAGCUUCUAAGAACCUGCUAAGAACAGUCACACAGUGAGAUGAUGAAUAUUUUCGCACGACGCUUCAAUAAUAAAGCCGCGAACUUCAGUUUUGCAUUAACUAUCAUGUAACUCGGUUUAGAAGCUUCGUUUCAUAGCUCACGGCCCAAACUAGAGCUGGAGCGCCUCAAGUGCAGACUCGGGUCCGGAUACAUUCUAAUGAUAAACGCCUUGCAAGUUAUCUUUGUUUAUAGGUAGAUACUUUCAAAUCAAGAUGCAAUAACGAGUCCGCUGAUAAUAAUCCAAAACAAGGAUCAAAAACCAAUCUUCUGAUAACUAUCUGAUGAGAUCUCGUAUCGCGUUAUCACUUGUGUUGUGUUGUGUUGUUGUUGUGUUGUUGUUGUGCGCACUCCUGCGCCCGUCGCGCGACAACAUUUGUCAUCCGCGACACCUCUUGACAUUCGCACAGUGGCCGUCUUUCAUCUCAAUGCCUUGCCUUAUUCUGAACUAGAUACAAUUUUUUCAUUACCUCCUAUGAAUUGAGAUACCAAGUAUACCUACUACCUAUUUCUUAUAAGUAAGUAGGUACUUUAUUCACUCUCCUACUACCCCUUCCUAAAUCUAUACUAAUAUUAUAAAGCUGAAGAGUUUUUUUGUUUAUUUGAUUCAAUGCGCUAAUCUCAGGAAAUACUGGUCCGAUUUGAAAAAUUCUUUCAGUGAGACUACAAUGAACCAAUAAAAUAGUAGAAUAAGUCGAAGUACCUAAUGUAUACCUACUUACUGAAUUUUGUAUUAUGAAAUGAAUCUUAUACCUAUUCUGAAUGAACUAUUUAUUAGAAUCUUAGUGUACACAUGAAAUAACGGCAAAUAAGUACUUAAUAGCUAUAGUUAAAUAAGAAUUUCCAAGUUUUAAACCAUAUUAUUUUACAAUUUUAUAAAUGUUUUUGUCAAUUGUUCAUUGGCCUACAUUGGCAAUACUGCGACUAUCUAUUACAUACAAAUAUUCAACAAAUAACGAACGUUGUACGACUGAUUCGGAUUAUAUAUGACUUUCAAGAUAUACCUACCUAAGUACUCGUACAUGUAAAUGUUUGACAUACGCAUACCAAUCUACAUACUAUAUGUAUGAUGUUACUUGUAUACAAAUACUUCCCCAUUUUCUAAAACAUAAUAUUAUAAUGUACUUACCUAAUUACUUGAAAGUGCACUCUAUAAUAACAAUAAUUAAGGGCCGCGGAAGUUUUAAUGACAAACCGAUGUUAGUAAGACUUCUGUAAUAAACACAUAGUAUUGUUAUUUAGUAAAAUAAGAUUUGUUACACGCACUGGUUAUUUAACUCUUAUACAUAUUAUAAGUAGGAUCAUUUUCAUAGUCUAUGUACCUAUAUUGUAAAGUAAUUAAAAUGAAAUUGUUAAUGAGGUCAGUCUAUCGCGCUGGCAUUGCAUUCAUUACACUAGAGUGUUGGGUACACUUAUACGUUAUGUGAUACUUGAACCUAUUCAUGUUUAUUAAAAAUAAAAACAAUGUAUUGCAUUGCAGUG